CUGUAGUUUGUCUGAAGCACGUAUUUUCACUCAGUCUUUCUGAGUUAUCUAACCUGGUUUAAAAUUCAGUGGAUGAAAAAUUUAAAAAAUACGAAGAAGUUAUCGUAGUUUUUAAAAUUUUAAGAAGACAGUGUUUGGAAUUUGUGUAGUUGAGGACAAACAAGACAUUACAACACAUCAGAGGGUAGACCACCACAUUGAUAAUGGCUUUUGCGGGGUUGAAAAAACAAAUAAAUAAAGCUAAUCAGUAUGUCACGGAAAAAAUGGGAGGUGCGGAAGGUACCAAACUGGAUCUGGAUUUUAUGGAUAUGGAAAGGAAAACUGACGUGACGGUAGAACUGGUGGAGGAGUUACAAGUAAAAACAAAAGAGUUCCUACAGCCAAACCCUACGGCAAGAGCCAAGAUGGCUGCCGUCAAAGGUAUCAGUAAACUUAGCGGUCAAGCGAAAUCGAAUACUUACCCCCAGCCAGAAGGUGUACUAGGAGACUGUAUGCUGACGUAUGGCAAGAAAUUAGGAGAUGAUAGCCCUUUUGGAUUGGCUUUAAUCGAAAUGGGAGAGUCGUUAAAGCAAAUGGCCGAUGUUAAAUACUCAUUAGAUGAUAAUAUUAAACAAAACUUUUUGGAACCUCUGCAUCACCUUCAGACUAAAGAUUUGAAAGAAGUAAUGCAUCAUCGGAAAAAAUUACAGGGAAGAAGACUCGACUUUGACUGCAAAAGAAGACGACAAGCAAAAGGAUCAAAUAUUCCAGAUGACGAGAUUAGAAUGGCGGAGGAGAAGUUCGCUGAAUCCCUACAACUUGCUCAAAUGGGAAUGUUCAAUUUACUAGAAAAUGACAAUUUUCAGGUCGAGCAGAUCUCACAAUUAGCAACAUUCGCCGAGGGAUUAUUAGAUUACCAUAGCCAGUGUACAGAAGUUUUGAAGCACCUUACUGAAACUUUAUUGGAAAAGAAAGAUGAAGCUGCCAAUCGUCCAAAGGUUGAAUUUGUUCCCAAAACUCUCCAGGAUCUUCACAUAGAAACAGUGCAGGACGGAUUAAAUGGUACAAAUAAUCACACUAAUUUAUUUAAUCACAGUAGUAACCAUCACAAUAGUUAUGGCAGUGGCUAUAUUUAUAGGAAGCCCGCCCCGAAAACAAUUCCCAUCAAACAACCAAAUUACCAACAUCAACAACUGUCAGAUCCUUUUGAUCCUUGGAGCUACCCUCAAGCAUCACCAUUGCCGUCCCCAAUGAAGUCUCCAGCUAGGACUCCGAUGACUAGGCAACCAUGUUGUACUGCACUUUACGACUUUGACCCAGAAAAUCCUGGUGAACUUGGAUUCAAGGAAAACGAAGUCAUAAUGCUCAUGAACAAAAUCGACGAGAACUGGUUUGAGGGAAGCGUCAACGGACGUACAGGUUAUUUUCCAGUAAAUUAUGUCAGAGUGGAUGUACCACUUCCAUGAAUCACCGGUUAACAGAAAUCAUGAACAACCCCUUAUAUUUAUUUAGAUGUUUUUGUGCACGUUACUCUUCUUUUACUUGCCAUUUGUAAAAAUACUUUGUUUAUAGUUAACUUCAACUGCACUUCAAGAAGUGAGAUUAGGCCAUAUAUGUAUAUUAUAUGCUAGUGAUUUAAAGAGCAUUUAAUUUAGUUAGAUAGAAACAAAAGGUACUGAAUUUGUAAUGUGUUAAAAAUCUUCCUGAUAUUAAAGUUUUUUUCCAUUUUGUACAUAUAGUAUAUAACGUACAUUAAAAACUUUUAAUUACUUUUUAAAAUAUUUUAAAUCGAUAGAAUGUAUGCGUGGUUGUGUGCAGUUGAAAUUGUGUCAUUUAUUGAAAGAAAAAAGAUAUUAUGAACGAAUCAUGCGGACAACAUUAAUUUUAGUUGUAAAUAUUAAGUACCCAAAUUUAGAUUAGUUCUUUUAUUUAGUCGUUCGUUAUGCUUUGUUUUUAUUAUCAAUACAUUUUGACUUGUUACUAAAAUAUAUAGUUUUUCAAAUUAUAUACCAAGAAAUUAAACAAAAAAUUACUUAUAAUGAAUAUAAUCGUAUGGCACUGGCAGCCUUAUCCUUCUGAGUUGUGGAACGUUCGAUGACAAUUAUAUAUCUAAAUACUGUUUGUUUAAAGACUAAAUAGUCUCAACCUUUUACAACUUGCCAAAAUGUUAUUUGCAUGGAAAAAGUUAAUGUUUAAAAAUAUAAAGUAACCAAAUAUUCUGUUGAUGUUUUAAAUUAGAUGCUAGAAUUUCCGCUAAAACUUUAUAUUUUAUACAUGAACUAUCAACAAAACGAGCUGUUCUAAUACGUAUUUAGGACUUUAUACUUUUUGUGAACAUGUAAAUCGGAGAACCUUUUAUAUAGAGAAAGCAUCACAAGCAAAAUAAUGGAUUUGCUAAGUUGUUCGAAAGGGUUUUUUAAAUUACAAACUGAUCUUACGUUGUUAUUCAUUGAGAUUCCAUAUAAACUCAUUUGUCGUUGCCAUGAUUUAUUUAUUAUCAUGUUUUUAUUGCCUUAAUAAAUAUUUUUUAACAUGUUUUAUCAUUGAA